CGUCCACUCUUCGUCUCUCACUCCAUUCUUCUACUCCCCCUUUUUCUUUGUUGAUAAUUCCAAGAAGAAGAAAAAAAAAAAACAAUUAAUCAAAAAGGUAGAGAAAGGAAGAGAGAAGGAUCUGCUGGAAUGAGUACAGCCAUAUCUUUGAGGCUUCUUUUGCCUCUCGCCACUGCGACUUCUCCUCUUUCUUCUUCGUCUCCUUCUUCUUUCUACUCUUCUUCAGAUUCUUUCUCGAAAUCCCUCAAAACACCAAACCCUAAUUUGAACAACAUCCAUUAUGCUUCCUCUUAUUCCUCUCCCCAUUCGCAUUCUCAGCUCACGUGUUUUCUUGGGAGAAAAAGAACAUCCAUUUCCUCCAGAUACAUGUGGCUAUGUAAACAUAAGAGAGGAGAUUAUGACAUGGAGGAUGCUUGGAGAGACGAAGAUGAGAACGUGGCAUCCAUGUUUGGUUCUGAUGAAGAUAGUGGCAGUCAGAUUCCUACCCAGGCCCAAUCUCUUGUUGAAGGAUCUGGAGCAGUUAUGGUGUCAGAGUUAAAACCUAUUGCUGACGUGGAUUAUCUACAGGAAUUGUUGGCUAUUCAACAGCAAGGGCCUAGAUCUAUUGGCUUCUUUGGGACUAGAAACAUGGGGUUCAUGCAUCAAGAACUUAUCGAGAUUCUUAGCUAUGCUAUGGUGAUAACUAAAAACCACAUUUAUACUUCAGGUGCAUCUGGGACUAAUGCAGCUGUUAUUAGAGGUGCAUUAAGAGCAGAGAAACCUGAGCUACUGACAGUUAUAUUGCCCCAAAGUUUGGAAAAGCAACCUCCAGAGAGUCAGGAAUUAUUAUCAAAAGUGCAGAAUGUGAUAGAGAAGCCUCAGAAUGAUCACUUACCCUUGAUAGAAGCCAGCAGGCUGUGUAAUAUGGACAUAAUUUCCCAAGUGCAGCAAGUAAUUUGCUUUGCUUUUCAUGAUAGUAGGUUGCUCAUGGAAACAUGUCAAGAGGCUAAGAAUCUGCGGAAAAUUGUUACCCUAUUUUACUUGGAUUAGAACAAUUAGUGGGAAACAAAGAGGAAAGUUGCUUGUAAAUUGGGGGGGUUGGUACAUCAAUAUUGGAGGUUCAUCUUUUCUUUUGGUCAAACUUUAGCAAUGGGAAGGUGGUCUAUUAGCUCCUUUCAUGGGUUCAAUUUUUCUUGUUUCCUUGAUAGAUUAAAUGAAAGUGUCAUUUGUGUAGCAUUUUUCGUUCUGUAGGACCUCCGGAAAAUUGUUGCCCUAUUUUACUUGGACAGAACAACUAGAGGGAAAGAAAGGGUAAAUUUGUUUGUAAACUAGGGGGUACAUUAACAUUGGAGGUUCGUGAUUUCUUUUUUGGUCAAAAGUUUAGCAAUGAAAAGGUUGUCUAUAGCUCAUUUUAUGGGUUCA